GUAACAGCAGCCGCAGGUCAACCUCACCUCUCAAAUGGUUCAUUCACCUCAGCAGACAGGGCUGCCAGCACGUCACUCACCCUCUUGUGCUCUUACGCUGCUCUGUGUUUGAGAAAGCAGCCAGUCGUCCUGUCGUCCCACAUGGACCACGGCCGGCCAUCAAUGCGUAUGCGCACCAAUCCCUACCCACCUGCCCACCUGCCCACCUGCCCACCUGCCCACCUGCCCGCCGUCCGGUAUGCAGGCCCGCGACUAAAGCAUCACCCCCUCGGUCACAGGAGGCUGGCUGCGCGUGGCCUGCCCGUGGUUGUGCUGUGUUGUGUGUGUUGUCUGUGUUGUGUGUGCGCUUGGGCUUUUUGUCCCGUCUGACAUUCCAGGGACCAUCUCAUGGCACCGCACCGCACCGCACCGCAUCGCAUCGCAUCGCAUCGCCAGCUUCGAUGAUACAUGCUCAGUGAUAUUGUCUCUGCUAAUGCCGCAUGGCCUCGCCUGGGCAUCAACGGCGGCAGCACCAGCAGCAGCACCAGCGGCAGCACCAGCACUGCCGCCACAGUCUGCCUGCCCCCUUGAAGUGUGCCCUUGCCACCUGCCAGCUGUCUCCUACGCCCAACUUGCUACAAGCCUGCUACCGAACCGGGGAUUUCGACUCGAGCCAGGCCGUUCUGCACCCCAUCCCGUUGCGUCUCGGGGCAUGUGGGCGCUCCCUUGUGCCGUCCUCGUGUGCCCGUGUGCCCGUGUGCCCGUGUGCCCUCGUUGCCGUAUGCCCCCAGCUCCCAGACCCCAGACGACGACGAGAGAGAGACGUGUCCGCCGGUGGGCGAUGGCGUGGGCAUGGCGUCAGCCUCUCCCGUCAGAUAGAUUCGCUUCCGCGGUGCCCUCUUGGUUCGUCUUGCCCCGGCCCCCGGGUCAAUGCAGGCAGGCAGGCAGAGGAAACCCGCCACCACACACCCCUGAGGAUCCGUCUUUGAGCCUCGUUUGGAAUCUCCCCCAAAGCGUAAGGUCCCAAACCCUCUUGCAGGUCAAUCCCUCCCUCGAGUCAGCCCCGUCAUCCCUGGCCCCUUCGGCUCAUUCGUCCACCCCCCGAGCCUCCUCCCGCUCAUGCCCUUGCAUCGCCCACGCGGCGGGUAAAUCUAUCCCUCCCUCCCCAGUCUGAUACCCUUCUGUCACCAAGCUUCUCUGUCUUGGAAGUCUCACUUCUGUUCAGCCUGCUUCCUCUCUUCCCACCCUUUCCUUUCUCUCCUCCAGGGCUGGCCUCUGUCACUUUCUUUACACCCUUUUUUUCACUGCUCCGCCAACGCCUCCCCUUCCAUUCGCCCGCCUUCUUGUCCUUCGUGGCAAAAACCUAAUCUGCGAAUUCCUUGAUUUCAUUCUUCCCGCUGACCUACUGUCACCACGCCGGCGCUGGGGAAAGUUGGACAUGGUCGCUUGAACACUUCCAAACACGCUUGAGAACGCUUGAGCGCAUGGGCUGUGCCAUAACCGCAUAGGGGAUCGCCAGCGGUGACGGACAGGAUGCUAAGAGUGGACGAGAUGGCCCCCGUAAUGGAUGUUAUGUCUAGACAGCAAGAGAAGGAAGUCCGAGCAGGUCUGCGGCGGAGGUAUUUGCGGCAGCGACUCGCGCCCAUCGACACCUCGCUGAGGGCACCACGACGUGACCUCAUGGUUGUGACCACUGAGCGGGAUCUUCGCAGGCAGGAGGAUGCGGAUGAGGACGACAGCGAUGACGACGAGGCUGCCGCAACUCGCCAGGGCACCAGAAAUAGGCAGGGCAAGGAUUACGAUUCCGACGACGAUGAUGACGAGGGGCACAGGCAGAACCAGCCCGUGGCGACGCUCGCUGUUCCUGAACCCGAGACACCGUCACCGACCUUGCAGCAGACGUUUCCCCCUCCGCAGCUGGUGCCGGCAGCAACAUCCACGACGUUGAUGGCCCUGCCAUCUCCCACAACGCCCGCGACGCCGCCUACCCCGACCUUCCCACCUCUCCCGCCGCCGCCCCCACCCGUCAUCACCCUGCCGCCGACCACCGUGGUCAUGACUUCCACUGUCAUGGCCACGCCAAGACCAUCCGCCGUUGUACCUCCCGUUGUCAACAACCCGCAGGUUAAUCCUCCGUCGCCGACGUCGACCUCCAUCUCGAUGAUGACUACUCAGCCAAUCACGCUCGUGUCGUCCAUCUCGGUUAGCUCGCAACCCAGGAAAGGGGUUGGAAACCCGGAGACAACCUCAUCUUCAAUUGCCUCGCCGACGUCCACCCAGGCCCUUCAGACCACUCAGACCACGCCACUGGCCUUCGAGAACAGCACGCCGUCAGCAACCCCGUCCUUCGGAGAUGUGAGGAACGGAAACGACAACGGCCGGGACCAGGAUAGAGGGCCGCCAAGGGGCCUGGACCCCACUGCUGAGCAUGCACUCAUAUCAGCGGGCUCGAUUGGUGGCUUCAUCAUUGUCUGUUUUAUCUGCUGGACGGCGUGGCGCAUGAUCAAGAAGUCGAAAGCCAGGGAGAAUGGCUACUACGGAAACCAGCCACCCCCUUCGAACCAGCUCCUCGCCAAGAUCCCGUACUUUGGACGCGGCCAGCGAGGUUGGCAGGAGAUGGGCGAUGGCCCCAACGAUAUGCGCAGCCCCUCACAAUAUGAGAAGACAAACUCCGUGGGCCAGAUCUCGGAGAUCUACUCCAUGUACGAUCCGAGGUCCCAGACGCAAUCCAUGUCGAAGCAAGGGCCAAUGGUAUUACCUCAACUGCAGACCAACUUCUCACCUGCCGGCAACUAUAGCAACAACCCGUUUUCCGCAACAUCUGGUUCCAUUCAUAACACGCAGAGCGCCUCGCCUCAGUCCCAAAUGAGCCAGCAACCCCUGACCAACAUGCCCCCGCAGCUGCAGCCUGGCUUCUCCCCGGCCAGUAACUUCAACCCGUUCCUCUCAAACAUGUCCGCAGAUGGGUCCAACUCCAUGGGCCCGAGUAACAUGCUUCAGUAUGGCUCAAUGCAGAAUACUGGAACGAUGCAGAGUGUUGGCUCCACACAAGGCAUGGGAACAAUUCAGACCGUCGCAACCACCACCACCACAGAUCGUUCGCGCAUGCAGGAUCCGUUCUUCAACCAGUCUGAACUCGCCCGACAGCCCUCUGAUGCGUACGAUCCGAACAGACGUCAAGUUUACCGCGCAUCAGAGCUGUCGUCUCUGUCCUCAGGCUUUGGCGACGAAGAUAUCAUCGUCCCCCCUCCGGCCGCCACGCGGCCGCCCGGUGCUCCAGGCACGUCCCGUCUGAGCUACCAGCAGACACCCGGCGUCAGCAGGAAGAACAGUGUCGCCAAUGCCAGUGAGGCUGGCAAUAGUAACCGCGACACGGUCUAUACAACGACCAGCGAGGACAUGCCCCCGAGGUUCAGGACCGUGAACAGCUGGGUGAACCAGCAGACGGGACGGGUCCGUAGGGCCGAGCAAAGGGCCAACGAGGAAAUCCCUCCGGUCCCCUCGAUGCCCCCAGAGGAGAGGUACACAAUGAUGAUGGAUGACGAGGAGCCUAGGCGGCCAGACGCGACCGCCGCUCCUGUACCAGCUCUCCCGACAGAGUUCAAGGACACGAAGCCAUGAAGGAUAUGGGGCAUGCCCAUGAAUUCUUGUGCAAAUCUUGGGAGCUCAUGCUAACAUGAUGGUUGCUCAAUGCUUUUGGGAAUACGACCGCGGCCGAUAUGAAGAUACCAGAGGCCCUUUGAGGAGCCUCACUAUUUCUACGAUAGCACUAUACCUACCUACGCACUGUAAAUAUCUGCCUUGACGGAUUCACGAUCACAUCUCACCCUGUCAUUCGUCCCCCCCUGCUUUCAGCCUCAGCCUGGUGCUGUGACUUGAAACUGGAUGGGCUCAUGACAUGUGAGCUUGCGGAUUCGUCCCCCUGUACACAAUACCGAGUUCAGAAUGGGCGUCCAUAGACCAGGGAAGUUAGUUGGAAUCAUGGCAUCGCGGCAAGCAUGGUGUUCUGGAACUUCGCAGGCCCAACCAAAAAGGAGCGUUAAGGGGAGUGGAGAGAGCAGGCGCGCCAAAUAGGCGAAAUACAUAACUCAAAUAGUAAUUUGGAAAUGAAAGAAUGAUUAAACA